CACUUCGAAAUACACAAAUUCUCAGCUAACAACCAUAAGCAAUGGCUGAAUUGAUUGUUCCAAAGAUAAUAGAUGUAUUGGGUGCUGUUGCCGUGAAGCAGUUUGGGGAGAAGGUCAACCUGGUGAUGGGCGUUGAAGAGGAGGUGGCAAAUAUCUCCUCUAAGUUGGCAACCAUUGAAAAAGUGCUGCAUGAUGCAGAGAGACGAAGGCUGAAGGAGGAACCUGUGGGAAUUUGGCUCGAAAAGCUGGAAGACAUAACAUAUGAGAUGGAUGAUGUGCUGGACGAAUGGAACUUCAAGAUUCACAGAGCAAAGAAUGAGGGAACUCAUCAGAAUGCCAGAAUUCAGCCAACAUUGUGGAUCAAGGUUCGUUCCCUCAUCCCAUCCCUUUGUUCUUGUCUCAAACAAGUUCCUGUGCGUAGUGAUAUAGCCCAGAAAAUAAAGAAAAUAAAUGAACAGCUAGAAUUAACUUUGAAAGAGGCAGAUCAAUUCAAGUUUAUUUCAAGUGGGGGGAUCCCUGAUUCUCAAGAUUUUAAGCGAAUUAUGAGUACCUCAAUCAUCGACGAAUCAGAGAUAUAUGGUCGAGAAGCUGAUAAGAAUGCUUUACUUGACCAAGUUUUGUCUAAGAGUAGUAGUCAAGGAAGAAAGGGGGUUCAAGUUAUCUCUAUAGUAGGGGUCGGGGGUAGUGGAAAGACCACACUUGCCCAGCUACUUUUCAAUAAUGAUAAAGUGAAGAAUCACUUUGAACUUAGAAAUUGGAUCUGUGUAUCAGAUCCUUUUGACCAGAAAAGGAUUGCGAAAGCUAUCCUUGAGAAUGCUGGAAAAAGCUCUCAAGAAUCAGAGUUGGAUCCUUUGAUCCAACGUAUAAAAGAAACUUUUUCCGGCAAGAGAUUCCUGCUUGUCCUAGAUGAUGUUUGGACAGAGGAAGAUUCAAAGUUGAAACCUUUCAAAGACUCUCUUAAGGAUGGGGCUUCCGGAAGUGUAAUCUUGGUGACAACCAGGAGUCAAAGAGUGGCCAGAGUGAUGGGAUCGACUCAUACUCAUAGCUUGAGCCUGAUCUCUGACUCCGAUUGUUGGCUAAUAAUGCAAAGGAUAGCAUUUGAUGGAAGAUCAAAGGAUAGCAUUUGGGGGUGUAAGAAAGUGGAAAGCAUUGGGGAAAAAAUUGCGAAAAAGUGCAAGGGCUUGCCACUUGCUGCAAAGACUAUGGGAAGCCUGUUACGGUUCAAAGAUACCGUACAGCAGUGGCAGAAUAUUUUGGAUAGUGAGAUAUGCUAUAACGAGUUGUCCCCGGAGCUGAAACAUUGCUUCUCCUAUUGUGCUGUCUUUCCCAAAGAUCAUUCGAUAUUUGUAGAAGAGCUUAUUGGGAUGUGGAUAGCAGAAGGUUAUGUUCGCCCAAGGCGAAGAGGUGAGCGCUUGGAACUGGUGGGCCGUGAGUACUUCGACAAUUUGGCAAUGCGUUCCUUUUUUCAAGAAUUACGAAAAGUUGAGUUCUUUCUAGUUCAUGAUUUUACAUUGUGCAAGAUGCAUGACAUAGUACAUGAUUUUGCACAAUUUCUCAGAAAAAAUGAAUUAUGUCAUGUACUUGAUGGAAUUGAUUAUGAACAAGGCAUUGGAAGAAAUUCAUCUAGUGAAAGAGCACGUCAUCUAACGUGGCUUGGCACUGAGAGGACGUUUAGUUCUCUAGUUGUUGAUUUUGGAAGGCUCAGGAGCUUUUUUUGCUCUUCCACGUGGAAGAGUAGUGCCCCAAGAUUUGUUCUGCAGUUUGAAGUGCGUGAGGACCCUGGCUUUAUAAAGCUUUCAUGCCUUUCUCAAAGGAUUGAAGGCCUUGUACACUUGAGGCACCUUUUCAAUUUUGGGACCUCUGAAUCACUUCAAAUUCCACAAGGACUCAGGAAGCUUACUUCACUUUGUACUUUGACUCAGUUCAUCGCCAGGGGCAACUCUGAUGAUUUGGCAAUUUUGAAGGACUUGAACCAACUGGAAAGAUUGAUCAUUCAUAUUCAUGGAGAAGUAGAUUUUGGGAGUGCUGAACUUGGAAAGAAAAAAAACAUGCGUGAAAUGUCUUUGUUGUUUAGCAAUAGGGUCCACUUUAUAGAAACUCCAAGUUGCAUUGAAAGCGAGGAACCACCUCCAAACUUGCAACAACUUGCGCUAACUCGCUGUCCAGGAAACGAGUUACCAAGUUGGCUUGUGACGACGUCUCUUGUCAAUAACUUGACGAAGCUAAUUAUCAAUGAGGCCUACAAUAUCUCAUCCUUGCCUGCCUUGUGGAAGUUGUCGUCCCUAGAAGAACUUGGGCUCAUUGGAGUGGGAAAGCUAGAAUGUUUGAGUAAGGCAUUCUUUGGAAUUACAAAAGCAGUGCAUGAGAAUAGUCAUGAAACUUUUGAUGCAUUGUCAAACUCUGAGCCAUCAUCCUUAACUGAAGCAGUAGCAUUUCCGAAUUUGAGAAAAUUACGAUUUUCUUACAUCCAAAAUUGGACAAAUUGGGAAGACUUAAGUGAAGAUGAUGAAGAACUUGCUAUCUCUAUCAUGCCACAUCUGGAGGAGCUAAAAAUUCAUGAUUGUGAAAAGGUUGAAAUUUUGCCACAUCGCAUCCUCGGAAGGAUAUCAUCUCUCAAAACAUUGGAUAUUCGGAAUUGCUUCAAGUUGAGUGAUCGUUACUCUAGUAAAACAGGAGAUGACUGGAUAAAGAUAUCACACAUUCCUCGAGUUGACAUAUCUGAUGAAUAUUAAUCCGCUCAGAUAAUACUCGUUGAUGGCCCAAAAUUGAAGCUACAGCAGGAGGCAUUGGAGGAUCAAUCCCUACGGCAACUUUUCACUUAGGUGCAUUUAAAAUUCAAAUAAUUGCAAAUAUGGUUGAAGAGCCACAUCCAUAUGCUUUGUUUAGAAUCAUUUGUUGAAACCGUUUGUAUCCUUAACAAUUUCCAGAUUGACUUUCAAGUGUGACAUAACCAGUCUUUGUUUCUUCAAAUUAUUAUUGUCCUAUUGUAUGCAAGUUUGUGUAGAUUUCUUUAAAUUACUCCCAUUUUUAAC